AUGGCCAUGGGUGAGAAUGUCUGUCGGCAUCACGGCUGCGACGCGCUGAGCUUUGAGUGCGCUCUCACCGAAAAUUUUAUCUUCGCUCUGCACGAUAGCCGAGAAAGUAUUCACUGCGCCGCUUUUGUUGGCCACGCUGGCUUGGUUCACCUCCUGGCCCGCUACGGAGCUGACCCGUGCACCACGGAUUCGGACGGCAUUGCUCCAUUGCACUGGGCUGCCGCUGGUAACCAGCUGGAGACGGUACAAGCACUUGUCGACAGCGGCGCUGACGUCAAUCAACUGGAAGGCACGGAGACGGCCCGAGUGGCUCUGGACUAUGCCCAAUUAGGGGAUGGUACCACACCCUUUACUGAGCUGGUGACUUACUUGCAGGCACAGGGCGCCCGUUCAUCCGCUGAGGAUUGGCAGUCACUUGACACGCAUCUAGCUGCCACGCGCAUUCAGGCGGCAUGGCGCGGCCACCGUGUUCGCCGCAAUCGACAAAGCUCGAGCAAGCCGUCCACCGCCAAAAAACGCAAGUCUGUGCGCUUCAGCCGCACAGAGAGCACCAGCUCGAGGAAUCUUGAGACCCGGGCGCUGCGCCCUCGCGGAGCUGGGCCCACUCGCGCACCAAACGACAGCCGGCACAGCAGCGACAACACAACAGCAAGCAGCCCUCGAACCAGCUCAGGGUCGCGCUCGUCCAACUUGAGCCCUCGCAGCUCGGUUUCAGGAUUCCAGCAAGAAUCAGGCGGCGCUCGGCGCAUUAGCGUACAGAGUCCCCGCGCCCGUUCACAAAGAGAUAGCCAGCAAUCUGGCCCCCUGUCUCCGACCUCCCUGCGCAGCGAGAGAAGUUCAGCUCAAGUUGAAGGGAUCAAGGGUAAGACAGCUGCCUUGACGGAAGAAAAUCUGGCCCAUGAGCAGAGUCCGCCGGUUUGUUCGCCAGACAGUCCCACGAGACAGGUGACGAGCCCCGGUACGAAAGCCUCCCGCCGGAAGCGGCGGUCAAAGGCGGACGCAGCUCCCACUGCCUCACACUCAACCAGCGCCAAUUUGUCAGAGGAGAAGGCUGAAGAAGCCUCGCCGCCCGCGCCAGAGAGUCACGAGGAUGCUGAGGAUCCUGCAUCAGAGUCACUAGUCCCUGCCCCACCAUCCAUCGCGUCUCCUGAAGUGGACGAGGUUCAAAAGACCUUGGCCGCCCUGCGGGUUCGCCAUCACCACAUGCUGGCAGAGCGACGCCGGCGCGAGGCAGUUUACCAGCGCGUACGUGCUGCUGAGACAAUUCAACGGUGCUGGCGCCGUUUUAAUCUGGACGUGCAUGGUUGCCUGCCAUCUCGCCACGCCAGCACGUUGCGGCAACAGCAAGACACUCGCGUGAGCAAAAUUUACACUCUAAAGCCGCGUGGCACCCGCUCGUAUCGACCCAAGCCGCGAGGACCCGUGCGCCAGCAUACAAGCCUGCCCCCCAUCCAAACCCCUGUCGUGCGAAGCAUGAACUCGGCCAUCAAGACGUAUGUGCGUCAGCCGGCGCCACAGCGGCGGCGCCCCUCGUGGACUCCGGCAUCAACCAUGUCGUAA